GCGCGGGCGGCGAAACGGGGAGGGCGUGUGUUUUGUAAAAUUCGUUAGUAGUGUGCGGGGGCGCUGAGACCGGUCUGCGGUCGCACGCCCGACCCGGCGACCUUACGUACCGUUCACCAUACGCAUCAACUCUCGUGCCGAACCGAAGUGCAGCUAAAAACCCACAUUGCAAAUUGUGACGGUGAUUUUGGUUAGAUGCAUCGGAUUCCUGCCUCUGGAAAGUGCAAUUUGAACGUUUUGCAUCAUGCUGGAACGGACCGCUGGCAAGCAACGGGCGGGCGCACGGCCAUAGCAUGUCCGAGGUGGCGGCGCCCAGCAGCCCCCGGCACCUGCACAAGCGUCGCCGGCUGUCCCGCCUGCUCGACAAGCUCGCCGUCCAAAUGAGGAACAAUAACCACUACCCGCCCCCGCGCUGGCUCGUCCUCGACCAGGCCAAGCAGCCGGAGGACGCCCCCCUCGACCUUUCUAUAAAAUCGGACGUGCCCGACAACGCGGCGUUCGCCUGCAACGCAUGCGGCCAGUCGUUCGCGGUCCACGACAGGCUCGCGAAGCACGUUGCAUCUCGCCAUCGCAACAGAACACCCGAAGCGGUGCGCGCGUACGAGUGCGAAAUAUGCAGUCGCCGGUUCGCCCGGAGCGACAUGCUGACGCGCCACGCGAGGCUCCACAGUGGAAUCAAACCGUACUCGUGCUCCGCCUGUGGCCAGGUAUUCUCUCGAUCGGAUCACUUGGCCACCCAUCAGCGCACACACACUGGGGAGAAGCCCUACCGCUGCCCGUCCUGUCCCUACGCCGCCUGUCGCCGAGACAUGAUCACGCGGCACAUGCGGACACACUCGCGGCGCCCGCAGCCUGCUUGAAGCCACAUUCCUUGUGUUGUUCCAUUGACUUUCUCAAGACUGAUAUUCUUUCCAAAGUUCCAGUGUCGGCGACGGACGCCGCCGGCCGCAGACGUAUCACCUUGCGACCGCAGCGACUUUUGCCAUCGCGUUGCGAUUGUUUUUGCUAAGCGAAGUCCCUGCUCAGCGCAAAGCGAUAUGUUGUUAUCUGGUUUUAUUUUUGUAACUAGUAUUUAAUUCAGUAUUUAUUAUUUUAUUAAUUUUCUAACGGUACACAUUCGGGAGUACGCGGCGAUGUUGUUAAAAUGCGUGCCAUAAAAUUCUGUGCUCAAUUAAAAAGCUGUAGCUUCGUGGGAUUCUAGUGUUCUUUAGCGUUAUGUGAUAUAGUACCAUUGUACUUAAAUCGCGUGUAUUGUUGAUUUCAAUAAGGCAAAAUGUACUUAGUACCCUUAUAAGUAACUAUAAAAUUAAGGAUUUAAAUAAGUACUAGGUACAGUUGUUCUGUAAGAAAUUGUUACGUAUAUUUUUUCCAUGCUGUUAAUAAUGCUUUAAGUUGUAGUUAGAAUAGGGCAUUGUAUAAUUUUAUUUUUAUUGACAGUGUUAUAGUGUUCUGGUUAUAAUUUUAACAUUAAUUAUUCUGUGCCAAAAGAAAUGUUGUAGUAGUGUAGUGUUGGUAGGCUAAGUGGCAUUCCGUGGCCUUCAAAAUCGCGACUUAAUAGUUUUAUAUACGAAAUGAGGGAUCUUCAAAGAUAUGUACUGGAUGAGAACUAUUCUAAUGAAAUAUUAUAUUUCAAAAUGGUUGGCGAACAUAGAACAUAGAACAUCCAGGCAACGAUAUCAGAAAUUCAUCGACAAAUUACUCUUGCGAUUGAUUUGUUUCAAAAUUACGGACGAAACAGAAUAUUUACAGGUGAAAUAAUUAAUAUAUAAAUAAUACUAAUAAAUAAUAGGGUCUAAUCUCAUCCAAUAAACAUUUCGUUGUCGAACUGCUCUCUCAUGUCUUACUAUGAGCACAGACACGAUCACCCGCUUCUUAAUAUAGUCCCAAUCGUGUAUUAUUGAAGUAAUAGAAUGUAAGUGGUUGUUAUUCGUUUGUUUGGAGUUAAAAAUAAUAAGUACAGUCCGGGACAGAAAUACCCGACCUGUGGUAGUAACUUAGCUAGGUGGUGGGGGUUGGUUAGGUUUGUCUGAAAAUGAUUGUACUUAUUCACAUAAAGGGCUUGUUAAACACCAAUCAAGUCACAGGACUAUAUUUUGUAUUUUCUCUGGCAACUUUUUAACAAAAGUCUAAAAAAAUGUAUAGGAACAAAGAAAUAAAAAAAAAUGCAGUUCGGUAAUAAUAUAAUAUACUUUGAAUUUAACUGAUACUAUUUUUUUUUCGUAAUGUCUAAAUUCGUAGAACAAAUUAUGAAACGUUAAAUUUCCGUCAAUUUCGAUUUCCGAUUUACAAUUUUGAUGAAACAAAUGUUGUUUAUGAUGCCAGCUUGCCGAUUGUUCAGUCACCCCUUGAUUGGUAACACAAAUAUUCUCGUUAACUUAUUGCAAAUUGCAUUAAAUAACAAAUAUUUUAUUUUAACUAUAAAGAUCGACAUAAGAACGAAAUAUAAUAAUUUUUCAUUUAUUAUAAAAUUAUAUUAAUUUAAACUAAAAAACUAUAUUAAAAAUAACUUAUAAAUUAAAAAUAUCUAAAGACCUAAUGGCAAGGUGCCCAUCACACAAACAGCAUUCCCGCGCUGAAUUACAAUGGAAAUUCGCUUUGCGAGAAAGAUUUCAGAGCGCGACUUAGCGUUUUUCCCAAUAACCAACACUGUAUAAAUUUAAGUAUAUAAUAUAUACGGAGUAUUAAGAACACUUAGUGCUGAAGUAACAGUGUUACUUAAUUGGGAAAAAUGCUAGUUGCAAUGAGUAACACUGGGAGAAUUUUCUCGUUUUGUAGCAGAAUUACAUGUCGAGGUACUCAGACUUCUAGUCCUGCGAAAUUUCUGAUGUAUAAUUAACCUUAUAAUUAAACAUAUCUGUAGGUAAGUAUAGAUAAAUAAGAUUCUUUUUCUUUUUUUGUUUCUAUAUAAAGGUUAUAAUAAUGUAAACUGUGUGCAAAGGGGAAGUUACUCUUAACAUUAUUUAACUAAUUAAUUAAAAUAAGUUUUAUUUGUGUGUGAAGACUUGUUUUGUUUAGAUAUUACAUGUUCAAAUAUAAUAAUUUGCAUUUGUUCACAAUCAUAUUAUCAUGAUUUUUUUUUUAUUAUUUGUUGUUAUUUGAUAAGUAUAACUUUUAACUGCGAUCUUUUAUAUUGCCUUUUUAUACGACGUUUCAACAGAUGCCAAUGUUGCCAUGUGCGAAACGGAUCCUAUUAGUGGUUCCGUAUACUUUGAGAGCAAACGCUUAGAGGGAUAUACUUUUUCAACUUUGGACCAAUCCAUUGACUUAAAAAAUGUACGUUUUAGUACUGACAUGAUUACGGCUUUUCGACACUAUUACUGUUAUAUGUGUAAUUAGUUAUUUUGCUAUUGGUUUAUAUAGGUAAGUUAUGUAUGAGUGAUACGUAAUAUAAUGCUUGCAGUGUUCAGAUAUAUCAUUAAGUUGUUAUGUUAUUGAAAUUUCAGCAAAGCUUUUAAAGCUUAUAGUAACAGUUUCUUGCUGAAAAUGUCGUAAUAUAAGUUUGCACUAUCCGUACACCCAUGUUGGGAUACAACAGGCCAAGGAAACAAAUGUGUUUUUCAUGUGAAACUGUGGCAUAGAUUUAUAAGUUAUAAUAAUACGAUUUCAUAGGGGGCUUUAUUAUAUUAUAUUAUAUUUAUUUUACUUCAAUUUUAUAAAAAUAUCGACACAUUCGAUUGAUCGAAACGAUCGAUGGAAUAAAGUAAGAUAAAUAAUGUUGAAUUGAAUUACCCAUUAACCCAUUAAUUCAAUUUAGAGGGAUGGUAUUUCAGUAAGUUCCCGGAAAUUUUAAAUUUUAAAUUGGCAUUAUGCUCUGAAUAUUCUCUCUCUCGUCUGAACGCAUCCCCGGUUAUUUACUCGGUUCUACAGUCUAUGGUCCCCUUUCUAUCAGCAUAGAGUUAUGCUAUGACCUGUUAAAAUGUUUGAAUCUAAUUCAAAUUCGUUUCUUUUUUUAAAUUGUUUUAAGGAUAAUUUAUUACUAUUUUUUUAAUCUGGUUUAUUACUUAGUACUGUGAUAAAGUGUUUGCUGUGUUUGGACAAUUAUUGUAUUGUCAUUCUUCAUUAAUUACAUGUGUAUGA